AAUGUUAAACCUCUUGUGUAUAUUUAUACGACCAUAGAGAAGAUUUGUAGAAAUGCAUGUGGGCUAUAAAUAUUGAUUACGUCAUUGCAAAAACAAAGAUUUGGUGAAGGUGGGAGUCAGGACAUAUAUGUGUGUGCAAAUUACUGUUUUUACUUUGUACAUCAUGGAUUUUUUCUGUAUUUAAGUUUAGCAUGUGUUGAGUCUUUCACCUCAGUCUUGAGCUCUAGCUGGUAGCGAGACAUAUGCGCUCUGGUUCUUCAGUACCAGCGGCCGCCAUUGAUGCCAUUUGGUUCCUCUGGGCACAUCUGCGCCACUCACCCGCCACAUACUCCACCAUCAUAAGCCGCACCAUGGUGAAGCUCGCAAAGGCUGGUAAAGAUCAAGGUGACCCCAAGAAAAUGGCUCCUCCUCCAAAGAAAGUAGAGGAAGAUAGUGAAGAUUAGGAAAUAUCAGAUGAAGAAGAUGAAAGCCGUGGAGAAGAGAUUAUUAUUCCUCAGAAAAAAACCAAGAAGACUACCAUAACUCCAGGAAAGAAGGUGAUGGUUUCCCCAACAAAAAAGAUUGCAGUUGCCACACCAGGCAAGAAAGCAGUUGUCACCCCUGAAAAGGCAGUGGCUGUGCCAACCCCUGGCAAAAAGGCAGCAGCUACACCAGCCAAAGCAUUAGCCACACCUGGUAAGAAGGGAGGCACACUAGGCAAAGCAUUAGUAGCAACUCCUGGUAAGAAGGGAGCAGCCAUCCCAGUCAAGGGAGCAAAGAAUGGCAAGAAUGCCAAGAAGGAAGAUAGUGAUGAGGAAGAUGAUGACGACAGUAAAGAGGAGGAGGAUGAUGAUGAGGAGGAUGAGGAUGAAGAUAAAGAUGAAAUUCAGUCAGCAGUGAUGAAAGCUACUGCUGCUGCUCCUGCCUCAGAUGAUGGGGAUGAUGAUGAAGAUGAGGAUGAAGAUGAGGAUGAGGAUGAUGAAGAAAAAGAUGACUCUGAAGAAGAACCAAUGGAGAUUGCACCAGCCAAAGGCAAGAAAGGUCCUGUAAAAGCUGUUCCUAUGAAGGCUAAGAGCACAGCUGAGGAUGAAGAUGAGGAGGACAAUGAAGAUGAGGAGGAUGACGAUGAAGAUGAUGAGGAGGACGAUGAAGAUGAGGAUGAUGAGGAAGAGGAGGAGGAAGAGCCUGUCAAAGAAGCACCUGGAAAACGAAAGAAGGAAAUGGCCAAACAGAAAGCUGCUCCUGAGGCCAAGAAACAGAAAGUGGAAGCCACAGAACCUACUACGCUCUUUGUUGGAAACCUGAACUUCCCCAAAUCUGCUCCUGAAUUAAAAACAAGUAUCAGUGAUGUUUUUGCUAAAAAUGAUCUUGCUGUUGUGGAUGUCAGAAUUGGUGUGUCCAGGAAGUUUGGCUAUGUGAAUUUUGAAUCUGCUGAGGACCUGGAAAAAGCCUUAGAACUCACUCAUUUAAAAGUCUUUGGCAAUGAAAUUAAACUAGAAAAACCUAAGGGAAAAGACAGUAAAAAAGAUAGAGAUACUUCAACAGUGAGGAGGAUGCCAAAGCUGCUAAGGAGGCCAUGGAAGGUGGUGAAAUUGAUGGAAACAAAGUUACUUUGGAUUAGGCCAAGCCUAAGGGUGAAGGUGGCUUCAGGGCUCAUGCUGGAGGCAGAGGUGGCUUUGGAGUUAGAGGUGGUGGCAGAGGAGGCCGAAGUGGACUUGGUGGCAGAGGCCAUGGAGGUUUUGAAGGUCAAGGAGGCUUCCGAGGAGGCAGAGGAGGAGGAGGAGACCAUAAGCCACAAGGAAAGAAGAUGA